CUGAACACCUUAGCACGCUCAUUCCACCACCUCAGGACAACCCCUGUUUGACCUCUUCACCCAGAAUGGAUCCCUGUGAGGAGAACGUGUACGAGAACCCAGAGUUAACCUACCAGAACCAGUCCUCAGGUAUAUACGAUGUGACGUGCGAGACACUGAAUGAGACGCUGUGUGAGGCGCCAUACGAGACGCCCCCAGACCUGACAUCAGAGUACGAGAAAACUGGAAGGGCCAUAGGACAAAUACCGGCACCCCCUUCUCCCCCCCCACCUAAAUCUCCCAUGGAGGAGAGGCGAAGCAGUUCCUCCUCUUCUUCAUCCUCCUCAUCCUCCUCAUCUUCCUCACAUGCUGGGGAUGAAGAGGAAGGGAAAAUGGAGGGCUUGAACAGGGAGGAGGAGAAAGAGGAGAAGCUCGAGGUGGAGAAGAGCAGCAAAGACCUGAACUGGGAGAGGAGGUCUCCAGAAGCGGAGUUGGACGGGGGGAACUCAUCACGCAGAUCCUCAUCCUCAUCAUCAUUUUCAUCAGCCUCUGAGAAGGAGGGCACUGAGAAGAAGCCAGAGCCUGAAAAGGAUGAAAUGAAAGUCUCACUUUUUGUUAAGGCUGGGAUUGAUGGCGAGAGCAUCGGAAACUGUCCCUUCUCUCAGCGCCUCUUUAUGAUUCUCUGGCUGAAAGGUGUAGUCUUCAAUGUCACCACUGUUGACCUCAAGAGGAAACCGGCAGACCUUCACAACCUGGCCCCAGGGACACACCCGCCUUUCCUCACCUUCCAGGGGGAGGUUCUCACUGAUGUCAACAAAAUUGAGGAGUACCUCGAGGAGAAGCUGGCUCCACCAAAGUAUCCCAAACUUGCAGCAAAGAACCGUGAAUCCAACACAGCAGGAAAUGACAUAUUUGCCAAGUUCUCAGCUUACGUAAAAAACACAAGACCAGAUAAAAAUCGAGCAUUAGAGAAGAGUCUAGACAAGGUCCUGGCUAAGCUGGACGAGUAUCUGAUUAGUCCGCUACCUGAUGAGGUUCAGGCGGGACGCCACAGUGGUGAGGGAGAAUCCAACCGCAAAUACCUGGACGGAGACGAACUGACGCUGGCUGACUGCAACCUUCUACCCAAACUUCAUGUUGUAAAGGUGGUUGCGAAGAAAUACAGAAACUAUGACAUCCCGUCUGAAUUCAGAGGGGUGUGGCGUUACCUUGGCAACGCCUACAGCCGAGAGGAGUUCACCAAUACGUGUGCGGCUGAUGUGGAAAUCGAGCUAGCCUAUAAGGAUGUAGCUAAGAGACUUGGAAAAUGAGUGCAUCACAACCACACAAGUCACUAAUGUACCUUUUUAACUUUUUGGAAAAUCUACCAAAGCAUACUUCUGACAAAAAUUACACUCUUUACAAAGGAAGGAUGAGUUGAAAUGUUGCACAGUGUUAUGGUGUAUCAAAGAAAAGACACAUUUUCAUAUUUUAAAGGUGCUGUGUAGAAUCUCAAGUCUGACUGACUAUAAAACACGGAAGGGGCUGAAAAUUGUUUGGGUAUUGUGAUAGCACAGCUAAUAUUUCUCAAAAAAGAAUUUGAUUUUUAUUUAGUCAGGAAAAGAGUUUGCAAAUGACCGCUAAACCCCUCCCCCGAACAGUGAUUGUCAAUUCAUAGCAAAUGUAGCAAGCAGGUCUAUCCACCGAGCCUUGCUUUAGAUUUCUCAGCACGUCAUGUGCAUUGGGCUGUUUUAAGAUUGAUAUUCUGCACGUGGUGUCAUUUCUUUUAGUCUUUCCAAAACCAAUAAUUCGUAAAUAAUGGAUUAAACAGAGUGUUUCUGCUUUAAUGUAAGCUAAAAUUGUUUGCAUGUCUGGCUAACUAGCUUACUAUCUAACUCAGCGUUACUACCAAGGCCAAGGAGCACCGUUGUGAACUACAUUAGCUUGUGGGGUUACAGAUUACAUAAAGCUCCUUCACAUCACGUCGGUUAGUCCUUACCCUGAAAGCCUUUCCUGAAACGUGCUACUGUUUGAAAAUAUGAAAAACAAUGUAAGCUAAUCAGCCGAGUCAAGUCAGCCAAAACAAUAAACCCGGAGCUAAUGCUAGCUGGAUUAGAUAGCUGGCUACUAGCAUCAUUUCAGCGGGCUAAAUCGAGAGUUGCUGGCUAGAGCUGAAAAGCCUGAGUUUGUCUGCUUCUCUGUGAAAUCAAGGGCCCAUUGUUUCAGAAAUUACUAAGAAUUUUGAGUGGUAAAAUCUGCCACUGUCACCUAUGUAAACGGCAUGUGUCAUGCAAGAAUGGAAAGCUUGAAAAUUAGCAGUAACUUAAGUUAGUGGAGCUUAACAAAUGGUUAAAACUUUAAAAUAAAACAUUGUUUGUGACAGCAGAUCCCCAGUCAGCCAAUGAUGGAGGUUGUUUUCUCCUGAGCUCUACUGAAGUAUUACUCUGCUCACAGUUAAUCUGCUAAUUAAACCCUAAUGAUUUCAAGUUGGGAAUUUAUUUUACAUAUAUGUAAUAGGAAUAAUGGGAUUCAUAAUGCAGUUUUAUUAUUUGACCUGUCUUCUUGUUUCUGUGGAUUAUGUUUAAUUAUAUGAUUUGUUAUUGAAUUGCUAGUGUUAUUGGAAAAUACUGUUAAGAAUGUGUUUCAGCCAAAGUGAUUUGUCUUUUAUUGGGGCAGUUUGAGGUUUGUGGACUUUAUAGACUCCUUUUCUUAAUGAGACAAUGACUUACUAGUUCAAUUUUGGGUUUAUUCACCUGCUUGAACUGCGUAAUGAAAUUCUUUGGAGAAUACUAAUCUCUUUUACAACACAGUUCCCUUACUUUUACAGUCUCACACCUCAGUGUAUGUCUAGUCAGUCUUUGUCUGAAUUGUUCCCAGUCUCACAGUGUAUUUCAGAUUAAAACUAUAUAUUCAAGUUUAUUGCCAUUCAAGAAAAGAAAAAUCAUGCAAAUAAACCAAGUUUGCCCCAGCUGUCAUUUUAUUCAGUGCAUACCGAUGGUAGUAAAUGUAAUUUUACUAGUUCACUAGUGCCUUAGCAGGAAUCAAGCUGUCCUCUGCCUUCAGCUCUUUGUGUCUGUACAGUAAAUUAUAUAUGUUUGAAUAUAGUAUGAAUGUGAAUCAUUCUCCUGCCCCGUGGAGCUGUGUGAUGAUAAUAUAAUAAUAAUAUAAAUUGAAUUUUUCUGUAAAUGAUUUUAGCUCAUCUAUAUUCACAUUCUUUCUGAUGAUUAGAACCAUGAACCCACUGUGUACAUGUUGCUCAUUGAAUAAUAAAUCUAUUUUCUCAGAGACUGA